AAGUGCAUAAUAAAGGCUUUCUGUUUAUACCUCCCAGCAUGAGGUGAGUCAUCGGAUAGCCUAUUUUUAGCAAAAUGGUAAAAUGAGGUGCUAAGUAGUAACUGCAUAGCCCCCCAAAAACUGCUUAGAGUAACAUGGAUGGCUUUUGUUCCUUUUGCAAAAUAUAAUUUGAUAAUCUCUCAACUUGUUUUUCAAAAGAUUGUAUGCUGUUGCCUCUAUUAUAAUUACUGAAAUGUUCAACAGCUCAAAGACAACACCUUUUAAGAUGGCCAAGAGCUAGGUUUGAGUUUUCCAGUGUUCUUUGUGGGUGUUGUGCAGAUCUUGGUCUAUAGGCUUCCUGGGGCUCUUCAGUGUAGUCACACACGGAGUUGUGAAUGUCUUCCCAAUAAUUCAGGAAAUUGUAUUGACUUCAAACUGUAAGGUCUAUAAUGAAUACAAGAAAAAUCUUGUCAAAGUUAAUGGAUAACAGGAGCCAACACAACCAAAAGCACAGUGACUAGUACAGGUCAUAGUGUUUUAGGGUCAAUGUGAGUCUACAACCAGAAAGAUCCAGGGUAGCUGUAGAUUUCAACCUUGCUUUACCACUCUUUCUCAUACUUGAUUUCAAUAAUGGUUAGAAGUAGGACAAUGUCUUCCCAGAGAGUCUUGUAUAUACUUUUUGCAAGAAGAGGGUCUUUGAGGCUUCAUUUAAAUUCUGAUUAUUAAACAGGCUUUAAUUGGUGUGUGAAUGCCUUAUCUCUAAAAAAUGUAAAAUGAGUUUGCCUGAGGUGGGGAUGGGGAGUGGUAUUUUUAGGACUAAUUGAAAAACUGAUUCAACCUCCAGUAAGCUGAAUGGCUUUCAACAGCAUGGUUAGUCAAAUUCAUUAUGACAAGCUUUUGGGUAGGUUGGAAUAUUUACAUAUUUAACUGUUCAGUGUUUUAAUGUGGGCCUUUUAAUUUGUAAACACAAAUGAUUGUGGGGCUGUGGGAAACAUUUAUCUAUUUACCUUUGAAGUAAGUUUUAAGAGUCCACUUUUUAGCAUGUGUGUUGUGUCCUACCUGUGGUCUUAAUAAAUGUGAUUUUUCUCCCCAUUCUCUCUCUCUCAUUUAUUUGCGUAUAGGCCUGUUGCCUGAGUGGAAAAUACAUAGAGUGCCCAGCUUUGCAGUUGAUUUAAUGUAAUUGCUUUCCAGUAGUACUGAUUCAUCUAGUUUCUUUUUUACAAGCUUUUGCACACAUGCCUGUAAUUGAUCAUCUGAAGCUGUCCUAUAAUACUUUACACAUGAAAAAUUUAACUACUCUUGUCGACCCAGUUUCUAAGCUAUUGUCCUGCUCCUCCCCUGGUAGUCCAAGUGUAAUGUAGUGUGUUUUCACCUGGAUUUUACCUUAGUUUCCUAACCACUUGAAGCUGUAUGAGUAGGAAUCCGGCUUUGGAGUUAAGUACAUUUCUCAGUCUGGGCUGUACCAUUUUUCCACUAUUUGGGCAAUUUUCAAAGCGUUAGAAUGGGGAUUGUAAACUCACAAACCUGUUAGGUAGUUCUGGACCCCCAAUUGUCAGGUUUUAUUUAAUGUUGACGCUCAACAGCUUAACCUAUACACCAGCGGAUCUCUACGUUCUGGAGGGCUCCAAAUGUUAAGGACCCCCUCUUAUAAGGGGUAAUUUGGAGGGCAGCUAAAUGUGUGAUUUGCAAAAAUUGGUAGAGAAGUACAGCUGACUCCACAAUGGAUUAAAGCCGAUGUAGUGAGAAGUAGAUGGUGAUGACCUUCACAGGGCUGAUGUUUUAAAGCAAUUACGGAGAUCUGGAACCUAUGCAAAGCGAGUACAGGGUCUCAACGGCCCCCUCAGUCGGAACACAUAGACGCGCUUCCGUGGGUGGGGCCUAUGCGCGGGCGCAUUUCCGCCGCGCCUGCGCAAUUUGCUCCCGGGCUCUGGUUGUGGCAGUUUAAUGGAAUCAGUACCCAAAUGGGUGACUAUGCUCUUCAUCUCCAGAGGGCGGUGCGCUCUAGUGCAGCUGUCAAGGCUUGCCGGAAAGUCUGCAGGUUUCUGUCGUCUCGCUUUGGUGGUCGAAUAGAUGGUGGGCAGCCAGAGCAGUUAACGGAGGAAAGUAGCUCCCAAGGAAGGCCCCCGCGGUCGCAAGCAGAGCUGCUCAGGGAGAGCGAGCCGGGAAAAGCCUCGGAAUCCCGCGAACCGAGCGAGGCGCUGAUAGAGAUCUGCCAGAGAAGGCAUUUCCUCAGCAGCACCAUGCGGCAGCUUAGCCGAGAUUCUCUUCUGAGCGGGUGCCACCCUGGCUUUGGUCCCUUGGGCAUAGAGUUGCGGAAGAACCUGGCGGCAGAAUGGUGGUCCUCGGUGGUGGUGUUCAGGGAGCAGGUCUUCCCGGUAGACGCCCUCCACCAGGAACCUGGUCUUUCGCUGCCUGAGGACAGUGGCUUCAGGUUAGUUUCUGCAGAAACGCUACGCGAAAUCUUGCAAGACAAAGAGCUGAGUAAGGAACAGCUAGUAGCAUUUCUUGAGAACUUACUAAAAACUUCUGGGAAACUACGGAAGAACCUUCUUCACGGUGCCUUGGCACACUAUGUUAACUGCCUGGAUCUGGUAAACAAGAGGCUACCUUAUGGCCUUGCUCAGAUUGGAGUGUGUUUUCAUCCCAUUUCUGAUACCAAGCAGACACCUGAUGGUGUUAAAAGACUUGGUGAGAAGACUGAAGCUUCUCUGGUGUGGUUUACUUCAGCAAGAACCGCAAACCAGUGGCUUGAUUUCUGGUUACGUCAUCGACUUCUGUGGUGGAGAAAGUUUGCCAUGAGUCCAUCUAACUUCAGCAGUGGUGAUUGUCAGGAUGAAGAGGGACGAAAAGGAAGCAAACUUUACUACAAUUUUCCCUGGGGAAAGGAGCCAAUAGAAACCCUGUGGAAUCUAGGAGAUCAUGAACUUAUACACAUGUACCCUGGAAAUGUGUCUCAAUUACACGCCCGAGAUGGACGAAAAAAUGUGGUCCCUUGUGUUUUAUCUGUAAGCGGAAAUCUAGACCGAGGCAUGCUGGCUUACCUCUAUGAUUCUUUCCAGCUAACAGAGAACUCCUUUACAAGCAAGAAGAAUCUUCACAGAAAGGUACUUAAACUUCACCCGUGUUUAGCCCCUGUUAAGAUUGCUUUGGAUGUGGGAAGAGGCCCAACAGUAGAACUAAGACAGGUUUGUCAAGGGCUAUUUAAUGAAUUACUAGAAAGUGGAAUUUCUGUGUGGCCUGGUUAUUUGGAAACUGUGCAGUCCUCUUUGGAACAACUUUAUUCAAAAUAUGAUGAAAUGAGUAUCCUCUUCACAGUUUUGAUUACUGAAGCUACUUUGGAGAAUGGAUUAAUACAGCUGAGAAGUAGAGACACCACAAUGAAGGAAAUGAUGCAUAUAUCCAAAAAAAUCUCAGUCCUGCCCACAGGUAUUUUGACAGGAGGAUUGUAUUCCUGGUUUCAGAUCAGCUGACUGUUAAGGCAUCUACACUAACUGCAACAUAGAAUGCUUAUACUACAGUUGAGGUAAGUGAUGUUUGUGAAGAUUAUUCAGAUCAGAGGUGUCCAGCUGGGUUUAGACAUCAGAAUCUCCUGUGGCGCUUUUUAAAAAUAAAUAUAUUUGAGCCUUAUCCUAGACAGACCUACUAAAUCUCUGGUGCUGGGUUCCACGCAAGUUUAUUUUUUAAAUUGUGUAGGUAGUUUCUGUUCACCUCAGUAACCACUGUUAAAUUUAUCAGAGAGCUGCAUACAUGGAUGGUAUUGGUUUUUUAUACAUAUUUUUUAAUUGAAGUAUAGUUGAUAUGCAAUAUUAUAUUGGUUUCAAGUGUACAAUAUAUAGUGACUUGAGGAUGGUAUUGUUUUGACGGAACUUUCCUCCAACUCAAUUGCUUUUAAAAAAUUUCUUAACAUGUACCCUUCUUAGGUAUUAUGUCACACCAAUAUAUUUGGAAGAUGUUAUUAGAAAUUAUUCUAUGAACCUCAUUGUUGAUUUAGCCAUAAGAAUGUUCUUGAAGGCAUUUGUUUGCUAUGUUAUACCACAUCUUCCUGGGAGGAAGGAUGAGAGAAAUUUCUCUCAGAUUUAAAUAUGUGAUAGGUAUGCUUCUCCUGAAGACUGGCCUGUCAUUAUAUGUGUCAUAUAUUCACUCAUGCAUUUUAUUCAUUCACAAAAGCUUUUGAGCACCUAAAUCCUAGGGAUGCUAGGUGCUGGGGAUGUAGUGGUGAACAAAACAGACCAGGUCCUUCUGGGGGAGGGGCAGGUGGGGCAGACCACAGCAGGUAGGCACAUGGACAAUUUCAGGUAAUAUCAGAUAAUGUUGUAAAGGAAAUGGAGCAGGAUGAUGGGUUAGAUCAUGGGUAGUG